AGCUGUGGGCUGAGCUGUGGGCUCCCCACCUCCCUGUUGGUCUCUCUUAGAGCCCCCACUACGAAGCCGAAGGGAACGGCUGUGCCCGUGGGGCUGAAUUUGGUGCAGAUCCAUUGCCAGAACGACGCCGUCUAUCAGUACCACGUCACCUUCAGCCCCGAGGUGGAGUGCAGGAGCGCUCGCUUUGCCAUGCUGAAGGAGCAGCGGGCGGUGACGGGAGACGUGACGGCGUUUGACGGCUCCAUCCUCUUCCUGCCCAUCCUGCUGCCUCAGCCGCUCAGCCUGAAGGCGCUCAGGAGGACGGACGGGGAGGAGAUCAGCAUCACCAUCCAGAUCACCAAAGUGCUGGAGCCGAGCUCCGACCUCUGCAUCCCCUUCUACAACGUGGUGUUCCGCAGAGCCAUGAGGAUCCUGGACAUGAAGCUGGUGGGAAGGAAUUUCUACGACCUGUCCAACGCCAACGUGCUGCAGCGGUACAGGCUGCAGAUUUGGCCGGGUUACUCCGUCAGCAUCCGCAAAAAGGACGGCGGGCUCUUCCUGAUGGUGGACACCGUCCAUAGGAUCAUCCGGAGCGAAUCCGUGCUGGCUUUAAUGCACUCCAUCUGCAAGCAGAGCCCCAGCAGCUUCCACGACGAGUGCGCCAAGCAGCUGGUGGGCAGCACGGUGCUCACCCGCUACAACAACCGCACGUACCGCAUCGAUGACAUCGACUGGGAGAAGACCCCCAGGGACAGCGUCACGUUGGGCAGCGGGGAGGAGAUCACCUUUGUGGAUUACUACAG